AUGGGCGGGAAGCAAUCUCAUGGGUUCUCCAACAAGGAGCUGAGCGAGACCAGCAUAAUACAAGGAGGCCGGAGAAGCAACAGCAGCGACCAGACCAGCCUGUCCUCAGCCGCGGAGAAAAUCCGCAGACACGCUACGGUACACUUUGGUUACAGCACCCUGAGCCUGUCCAUGCGUGGUCUUGAUGAUGCCCCGGCCGAACUGUGGGAGCUGCGCGAUCUCCAAAAGCUCAACCUCUCUAUGAACUACCUCUGCUCGCUACCACCAGCCCUCAGUGCCCUGGACAACCUUGUGGUGCUUAACCUGUGGGGCAACAACCUCACAUGCCUGCCACCCGAAAUUGGCCUCCUGAAGAAGCUCCGUGUGCUCUUCGCCUGUCGCAACCGCCUGAGCGAGGUCCCAGAGGAGCUCGGCUCCUGCACCUGUCUGGAGGUGCUCAGCCUGGCCAACAACCAGAUUAGCGCCCUGCCUGGUAGUUUGGCAGCCAUGCGUAGCUUGACCAAGCUCAACCUAAGCCACAACCGCAUCAGCCACAUCCCUACUUGUGUCUACAGGAUGAAGGGGCUGGUCUUCCUCCACCUGGCUUGCAACCGCCUGGAGACCAUCGCCGACCAGAUCCAGGACCUGGUCAAUCUCAAGAUCCUUAUCGUGGAAGGGAACAGCAUCCACACACUUCCCAAGACCCUGUGCUUCCUUGAGUCCUUAGAGCUCCUCAAUGUGGACUUCAAUGAACUGCAAAACGUGCCGGUGGAGAUGUACUUGUUGAUCAGGCUCAGGAGGUUGGCUUGCCACCCUUUGGACAAGGGUCUCCAUAUUAUCCAUAACCCCCUGCUCAAGCCCAUCAAGGAGGUACUGCAAGGAGGACUAAGCUCCCUGUAUAACUACCUCAAACCAACGUGA